AUGAAUGAUCCUGGUCUCGACGACACCAUUGCCGACGAGGCAAUCGCUCUUGAUCACACCUCCAGUUCUCCAACUCAGGAGAUAGACAAAAAGGAUAAGUCCUUGCAACAUGAUGCUGAGCACCAGCAAGCUGCACGUUGCUGCGGCCUGGUUAUGACACAGGCAGAACGACAUCUCAAAAAGCUGCGUGGCUCCCGAACCUACUAG